AUGACCUCCACGCCUGCCGUGCCCGCCGCAGACGAAGAGCCCAAGUACGGCGGCUACUCGCGCUUCGAGAUCGAGCUCGAGUUUGUCCAAUCGCUCGCCAACCCGUACUACCUCAACCACCUCGCCUCCCAGAAGCUCCUCUCCCAGCCCGCCUUCGUCGCCUACCUCGACUACCUGCAGUACUGGUCCAAGCCGCCGUACCUCAAGUACCUGACGUACCCGGGGCCGACGCUGCGGCACCUGGAGCUGCUGCAGCGCGAGCGGUUCCGGCAGGACAUUAUGAGCCCGGAUCUGGUGCAGCGGCUGGUGGAGGAGGAGAUGAAGGCGUCGGUGCAGUGGCAUCGCGAGCCUUGA